AUGAAGCUGCUGAUGAUCUUCGUGUUGGCUGGAAGCCUGUUUGUACAGCCAGCUGGUUCACUGAAGUGCUACACAUGUACGAUGCAAGUCAGCAACUCUAUGUGCCAAGGGGUGACGGACUGUGAUGGAAAUACCACCGCGUGCAGAACUGAUAAGCUGAGUGCUGCUGGCUUUCUCACCUUGGUCACCAAAGAGUGCUCAUCGUCUUGCAAGGUGGCCUACAAGGACUACUUCAUGGCCAAAAGGAAUAUCUCUUGCUGCAACGCUGACCUUUGCAACCUCAAUGGGGCUGAGGGCUUUGGGACGAGCUACACCAAGGCGGGCUGGUCUGUUUGCAUCAGCUUCUCCUUAACUUUUUUCAGGAGUGGACUGUGA